GAGGGCUCGUCCCAUAACAGCCGGACGGCGAAGGUUCAGUGGAUUCAGGGAAAUAUAAAAUACUUGACAGCAACGUUAAGUAUAGCAACCCUUUGCUGUUUUUCGAAUCGGGUGACAAUGACCCGGAGCCCGGUAAUGAGGCUUCUGGUGCUGUUGUGCAUCGGCGGAUCUGUCCACUGUACGCAAUUUUCGGUGGACCCGGUUUUGGAAGAAGCAAAAAGUUUAGCAAUGCAUUUAAGUGGCUGUACCGAGAACGGGCGCGUUUAUAAGUUGAACGAUCAGUGGGAGCGUCCCUACAUGGGUAGCACACUUCUGUGCACUUGUCAGGGGGCUUCGGGGGUCAAGUGUAAAUCCAAGCCUGCAGCCGAGGAAACGUGCUAUGACAAAUUCAACGCCCGAUCUUACCGAGUCGGAGAAACCUAUGAGCGACCCAAGGAUGGAAUGAUAUGGGACUGUACCUGUAUCGGGUCUGGAAAAGGCAAAAUUGGUUGCACCAUCGCAAAUCGCUGCCAUGAAGGAGGUAACUCAUACAGAAUUGGGGACACUUGGACACGACCCCACGACACAGGAGAUUACAUGCUUGAGUGUGUGUGCCUUGGCAAUGGAAAGGGAGAGUGGACCUGUAAACCUGUUGCGGAGCGUUGCUAUGACGACGCACAAGGAACCUCGUACGUGGUGGGCCAGAUGUGGCAGAAACCCUAUCAGGGCUGGAUGAUCGUGGACUGCACGUGUUUGGGCGAGGGUAACGGACGCAUCACCUGCACCUCCAGAAAUCGUUGUAAUGACCAAGAAACCAGAACCUCGUACCGUAUCGGCGAGACCUGGAACAAACAGGACUCCAGUGGAAACACCCUGCAUUGUCUGUGCACCGGCAACGGACGUGGAGAAUGGAAGUGCGAAAGACACGCCGCUUCCCACUCCAACCCUGGCAUCGGUACUAGCGCUACAGUCGAUCUUGUGCUCCGACCGAUGACGGAGCAAGUUGACGUUCUGUCUGAACUGCUUGAGGAGGGCAACUGCAAAACCGACUCCGGUGUGGCGUAUUCCAACGGGGUGAGCUGGAUGAGGACUCAGGGCAGCAAGGAGAUGCUGUGCACGUGUAUCGGUGGAGGAAUCAGUUGCGAGGAGCACGACGGACAGUCGCAGGUUUAUGGCGGCAACUCUGGCGGGCAGCCGUGCGUCUUCCCCUUCGUGUUCAGCGGAAGCACACACUACUCCUGCAUCUCGGAGGGUCGAACCGAUGGCCAGCUGUGGUGCAGCACCACCUCCAAUUAUGACAAUGAUGCCACGUACUCAUUCUGCACUCAGAAAAACCUGCUCGUGACGACUCGAGGAGGAAACUCCAACGGAGCACUCUGCAAGUUCCCCUUCAUCUACAACGGGCGGAACUACACCGACUGCACAUCUGACGGCCGGCGGGACGGCAUGAAGUGGUGCGGCACCACGACCAACUAUGACAGAGAACAAAGAUUUGGAUUCUGUCCCAUGAAAGCUCAUGAGGAAGUGUGCUCUGCCAAUGACGUCAUGUACCGCGUUGGAGACGAAUGGGACAAGCAGCACGACACACUCGGUCACAUGAUGCGCUGCAAGUGUCAGGGGAACGGCCGCGGGGAAUGGAACUGCAUUUCACACACACAGCUCCGAGACCAGUGUGUGGUGAAUGGCCAGACGUACGAGGUGAACGAGACUUUUGAGAAGCGACACGAUCAGGGCUACAUGAUGAACUGUACGUGCUUCGGUCAGGGCCGCGGACGCUGGAAGUGUGAUGCCAUCGAUCAGUGCCAGGAACCCGAGACCAAGGCGUUUCACCAGAUAGGUGAGACGUGGAACAAGGUGAUCCAGGGCGUCCCUCAUAGGUGUUCGUGUUAUGGUAAUGGCAUAGGCGAGCUGGCCUGUGAACCCCUGCAGUCUACAGCUCCUGUUCGCGUCAUCAUCACAGAAGCUGGAAAUCAACCCAACUCUCAUCCCAUCCAGUGGAACGCCCCGCCUUCUGCCCACAUCACCCAAUAUAUUCUCAAGUGGAGAGUUAAAAAUUCACGCUCGCCCUGGAAAGAAGCGAACAUUCCCGGUCACAUAAACUCGCACACCAUUUCAGGAUUGAAACCAGGUUUGACCUAUGAGGGUCAACUGAUCAGCAUUCUGCGCUACGGACCCCGAGAGGUCACUCGCUUUGACUUCACAACUACAUACGGCUCUCUGGCUAAAGCGGAGGGCGAGACCACCCAGCCUCUGCCCGUAGUGGACACCUCAGAGUCGGUUACCGAGAUCACAUCCAGCAGCUUCGUGAUCUCAUGGGUGUCUGCGUCCGACACCGUGUCUGGAUUCCGAGUGGAAUAUGAGCUCUCGGAGGACGGAGACCAGCCACAAAUCAUCAACCUCCCAAGAACAGCUACAUCAGUGAACCUUCAAGAUCUUCUGCCUGGCCGUAGAUACAGCGUGCAAGUGUUUGAAGUCAAUCCAGAAGGAAACUCAAAUCUCAUCUUGACCACCGCUCAGACCACCGCACCCGACAGGCCAACCAAUCACCACGUCACAGAUGUCCGGGAGAGGUCCAUCGUGAUCAGAUGGUCCAAACCCAGCGCACCAAUCACAGGUUACCGUGUGGUUUACACUCCGUCGGUGGAGGGAAGCAGUACCGAGCUCAUCUUGCCCCAGACUCAGACGUCUGUGACGUUGGGUGACCUUCGACCCGGCCUGUGGUAUAACGUCAGUAUUUACUCAGUGAAGGACAACAUGGAGAGCGAACCUUUGGACCUUCAGGUCAGCACUUCUGGAAAAUCACAACCUGAGGAGGUCCAAGCCCCCACUGACCUGCAGUUCUCUGAAGUUACCGAUUCCAAGAUCACCAUCACAUGGACCGGUCCUCCCACUGAGGGCUCGGGAUACCGCGUGACCUUCGCCCCCGUGAGCACCGACGGUCGCGUCCAGAGACCUCUUCACCUUCCCAUCACGCAAAACGCUUACGCAGAGCUCACUCACCUCCAGCCCGGAACCCUCUACCGCUUCCACAUCUACGCCAUCAGCGGAAGCGUGGAGAGUGAACCUCUGAUUGGAGAGAAAUCGACCAAACCCGAUGCUCCUAGCGACCUGCGCUUUACGGACAUCACUGACGACAGUGUUUUGGUCAUCUGGUCUGUCCCCAGAUCACAGAUCACUGGCUAUCGUCUUUACAUCAGCACGGGAAGCUCUAGCCCCAAACAGCUGAAGAUCCCAGGUCACGAGUCUCAGUACACCAUCACCAGCCUUCAUCCCGACACCGAGUACAUGAUCACCCUGUACUCAGAGCAAGGGAACACACUCAGCGAGGGACUGACUGAUGUCUUCAGAACAUCUCAGUCGACAGGUAAUGCUCCUCGAUUCACAACUGAAGUCACAGACACGUCCCUCAUAAUCUCCUGGAUGCCCGUACUACGAUUCAGCUACAGGUUGUCCCUGCGACCUGCACAAGGUGGCGAGUCUCCCAGAGAUGAAACGUCUGACAGCGGCAGUAUUGUCGUCUCCGGUCUGUCUCCAGGAGUGGAGUACAUCUACAGCAUGCAACCCUUGUUCAACGGUCGAAAGCACGGCAAACCCAUCAAUAACAAAAUCAUGACAUUUUUGUCCCCACCGUCUGACCUGAAUGUCGUGUCGAACCCUGACACCGGUGAACUCAAUGUGAGAUGGACUGGCACCACAAGUCCCGACAUCAGCGGUUACAGAGUCACGUGCACGCCAACCAGCGGGCGUGGAAACACUCUGGAGGAGCUUGUUCAGAGGGAGAAAACCUCGUGUGUCCUGGAGAACCUGAGUCCAGGCGUUGAGUACAACGUCAGCGUCUACACCGUUAAAGACCACCGGGAGAGCGAGCCUCUGUCCACCACCGUCACGCAAGAUGUGCCUGUGGUGGGUGAUCUCAGCUUUGUCGAUUUCACGGACACCACGAUCGGAAUUAGAUGGACCCCGGUUAAUUUCCCAGCGGUUACUGGAUACCACAUUACGGUAGUUCCGACUGGCCAGAGUUCCCCCAUCUUGGAGGACGUUGUGAACUCCUCCACCAGCUAUUAUACGGUGCGCGGACUGGAGCCGGGCAUCAAUUUUGACAUCACCGUGACCUCCAUCACAGAUGACGCGGAGAGCGAGCCCUCAGUGAUCACACAGCAAACUCAGUCUGGUGUACCAGCCCCAACAAACCUAAACUUUGCAGAGGUGGGCUCAGACACCAUGCGGGUGUCAUGGACCGCGCCCUCUGUUCAGCCCUCUGAAAUCAGUCGCUUUGUCAUCCGUUACCAUCCCACCAAUAAUGAUGACGACUCGCAGGAGGUCAACGUGGGAGGCAGCACCAGCACCUUCGCCCUGCAGAACCUGAUGCCAAACACAGAGUAUCUGGUGAGCGUGGUGUGCGUCUAUGAAGACAGGGAGAGCCAACCCGUUACUGGUGUUCAGAAAACAAGACUGGACUCCCCCACAAAUCUGGACUUCUCAGAUGUCUCCACUAACUCAUUUACUGUGCACUGGAUGGCCCCCCGUGCCAUCAUUACCGGCUACCGUCUGCGCUAUCAGCCGACCAGUGAGGGACGUCCUAAAGAAGAGAGACUUCCGCCGACAAGAAAUUACUUCACGCUGGCAAAUCUGGCCCCUGAAACUGAGUACAUUGUCUACAUUUAUGCUGUUAGCAGCGGUAGAGAAAGUCUCCCACUUACUGGAAAACAAGCGACUGUCUCUUAUGCUCCCACUGACCUGGCUGUGACGUCCACCACACCAACAAGCAUCACCAUCUCCUGGGACGCUCCUGCAGUCACCGUACGCUACUAUAAGAUCACGCAUGGUGAAACAGGUGAAAGAGACACGCCCAGAGAGUUCACCGUCCCAGGAACAGAAUCCACCGCCACUAUCCAGGGCCUGCGGCCGGACACAGAGUACACCAUCACGCUGUAUGCUGUGACAGGCAGGGGAGAUAGUCCUGCCUCCAGCACGCCAGUUAUAGUCACGCACAGAACCGCAGGUGACAGUAUAGCAUCCCCAUCAGAUUUGGAUGUUACUAAUAUUCGUGAUAAUGAAUUGACAGUCAGGUGGAGCCCAGCAAGAGGCCCCAUCACAGGAUACAGAGUAACGGGAACGCCCAAGGACGGGACAGGCCCUUCCUUUGUUGAGGUGGUGGGUCCCGAGCGCACGGAAAUGACCAUACGUGGCCUAGUGCCCACAGUGGAGUACACGAUUAAUGUCGUUGCUAUUGGUCGAGAGGGUAAGAGCUCCCCUGUGGUGGAAAAAGCUACAACGGCAUCUUUGCCACACCCAAGGGACCUGACCUUCUCCAACGGCGACACCACCUCCAUGCUUGUGACCUGGGAUGCUCCACAGACCCCUGUGACCUCCUACAGGGUUAUGUACUCUAGUCCGGAGGAGGGAGAGAGAGAGUACCAACCAGCCCCACAAGGACAAGAUACCAGUGUGCGUCUUCAAGGUCUGCGCCCAGGAACCCAGUACGCCGUUAAAGUAAUUCCCAUGAAGGGACGAUUCCCCAUGAACACGCUUGAAGGCACCUAUUCCACCACCCGUGAGGACUUCGAUUCCUCUGCAUCAUAUCCAUACCCGAAAGACCUGACCUUCUCCAAUGUGGACACCACCUCCAUGCUUGUGACCUGGGAUGCUCCAAGGACGCCCGUAACCUCCUACAGGGUUCUGUACUCUAGUCCAGAAGAGGGAGAGAGAGAGUACCAACCAGCCCCACGUGGACAAGAUACCAGUUUGCAUCUCCAAGGUCUGCGCCCAGAAACCCAGUACAGUGUUAGAGUGAUUCCCAUGAAGGGACGAUUCCCGAUGAACACCCUUGAAGGCACCUAUUACACCGCCCGCGAGGACACCGGUUCCACUGGUGUUCCUGCCCCCACCGAAAUUCAGUUUCUCGACAUAAGUCCAUCCUCCUUUAUUGUGGCAUGGCAAGCACCUAACGUCAGGCUUUCUGGAUACCGUUUGACAGUCACCCCAAAGAAUCAGUAUGCCUCAGCCAAAGAAAUGAACGUUGCACCAGACUCCACACAAGUCUUGGUCCCUGGCCUCAUGGUGGCCACUCCUUAUAAUGUUCAUGUCUACGCUCUGAAGGGUUCAGAAAGCAGUGCUCCUCUAACUGGGCAAUGUACCACUGCUGACAGCUCCACAGAUAUAACCCCACCUCGCAGAGUCCGAGUCUCGGAUGUAAAGGAUAACUCCUUCACUCUUACGUGGCGUGUUGUCAAUAACGAGCCAAUGACGGGUUUCCUAAUUGAAGCCACACCCAAAAGCGGUCACCCGACCAUCAGGAAAACUAUACCUGCCGAUCAACGCUCCUACAUAGUCACUGGUUUACAGCCAGGCAUGAUGUAUUUGGUCAACAUGUAUACGUUAAAUGGAAAUACUCGCAGCCCACCUUUCACAUUGACUCAAUCCACUGCUCGCCCAGCUGUUGAGGCUCCAACCAACCUUCAGUUUACCACUCUGACUCCCACUUCCAUCGCCUUCACUUGGCAACCCCAGGCGACACAAAUCACAGAAUAUUAUGUCACUUACGAAGAACAGGGAGGUUCUCCUCGUGAAGUCACACCACGCCCCCGCGUUGACCAGAACUUUGCCACCAUCACCGGUCUGAGACCAGCCACUGAAUACAUCAUAAAGAUCAUUGCCAUCCUGAAUAACCAGAGAAGUGCACCGCUGAUCGGCACAGCCAGAACUCAGCUAAGCUCCAGUCUGCCCAAUCUGCCCCACCAUGGUGGCCCAGACAUACUGGAUGUGCCUGAGACUGAAAACCGUGUUCCUGUAGUGGGCCCCACCGGGCCAGAGUCGCCCAAUGAGCACGGGCAGCAUGUGGAGUACACAGAAUACAAUAAUGAGCCCACUCAACCCAACGGAGGCUACUCGCCUAACCAUCCUCAAGCAGGCCCUCAACCUAACCAACCCAGACCCCAGCCUUAUGUUCCUCAAGUGGGAGAGACCCUAGUCUACAUCCCCAAGGCAGGACCCGAUGGGGGUCGUCUGCCUCAGGUUGUUCAGGUGAGUGAAAAACCUGGCGAUGGCAAUCCUCUUGGUUUUCCAGUGGACAGAACGGGAAGACCGCAGGAGGCCCAGACUUACACAAGCAUCUCAUGGAAGCCCUACCAGCAGAGCACCGGCUACUUGGUGUCUUGUCAACCCAUUACUCAUAACGAUGAAAAUAUGUUCCAGAUGCGUCUCCCUGGAACGACCACAAGCGCCACCCUGAUUGGUCUGACCCCUGAUGCCUCUUAUAAUGUCAUCGUAGAGGCCCUUAAAGGAGCACUCAGACACAAAAUCUUGGAAGAAGUCGUCACUGCUGGAAACAUUGUUCCAGGAGACGUUUCGUCCAAAAAGGACUCGUGUUAUGACACCUUUUCUGGCGCUCACCAUGAUGUUGGAGAAGAAUGGGAGCGUAUGUCUGAGACCGGCUUCAAACUCUGGUGUAAAUGUCUUGGUUUGGGUAGCGGACAUUUCAGAUGCGACUCCUCCAAGUGGUGUCACGACAACGGAAACAACUACCGCAUUGGUGAAAAGUGGGAACGGCGUGCGGAGAACGGUCACUUGAUGAGCUGCACUUGUCUGGGCAACGGCAAAGGAGAGUUCAAGUGCGAGCCACAUGAGUCGGUAUGUUACGAUGAUGGAAAGAUGUACCAGGUCGGAAAUCAAUGGCAGAAGGAAUACUUAGGAGCAAUCUGCACUUGCACGUGCCAUGGAGGACAGCAGGGAUGGCGCUGUGAGAACUGCAGGAGACCUGGUUCUGAGAUCAACGCUGACCUGCUGAAGAAUGUCAACUUAAACACUGGUCACAAAGUGAACAUUCAAUGCCCCAUUGAAUGUCUCCGACCGGAUCUUCUCGCCGAUGCCGUGGCCGGUCACAAUCACCAAACCAGAGAGUGAACUGCACCCGCACCUUCUUACACAUCAACGGAUGAAUUCAUUCACGGUUUCUGGUUGAUGUUUUUGUAUUCUCUUGCGGUUUAAUAAGACAAAACAAGGUUUUUCUGUAUUGCCAUUGCAUUAACCACAAAACGCAUCGUAAUUUAGCUACAUUUGAUAUGACUUUUGGGUUUGUUUUAACCACAGGUUUUAAUUUCAAACAGGAAUCAAACCUUUAUUACACAGUCAAUGACACACAUUAAAAACGAAGCACUGUUUUAUAAGAAUGUCAGGUCUUGAUUUGUUCAUUGACAUUUUCUUUCCGUGAUCAUUUUUUAUUCAGAGUCUGCACUGUUUUUUGGAUUGAAAGGUGAUUUUUGUGUAAUUCUGAGUUUCUCCCCUUCAUUCAGUGUUUGGUUUGUGUAGUAUGUUAUGUUUGUCUCACGUCACCGUUGACGCCAGUUUCCACUACUGUUAAAUUCCUUUGAUGAAACUCAACAUAACUCCAUCAUUGUAUUUAUAAGAUUCAAUCCAAGUCAUCUGGAUGAAAGGUUCAAAAACACACGUGUCAACAAAUGCAAAUAAAUUGCAAGAGAACCUUUGAGAA